UGUAUACUUACACCAUGGUCCAGCAGAAGUAACGCAGCAAUUGCAACUGAAGUCGAGGAGAAGGACAGAGAAGGAGUCUGAGGAUGAUGUCGAGCGAAAUGCGUUCUUAUUAGUCACACACUCGGGUGAAGAUUUUUUAAAAUAUUGUAAUAUAUGCAAAAAAACAACAAACAUAUUGCGUCAAAAUGAAGACCGCGUUAAUGGUAGCUGAGAAGCCUUCUCUGGCAGCAUCUCUUGCUAAUAUACUGAGCAAUGGACGGUGCAGUACCAGAAAAGGUUUGAACGGAUCUUGUUCCGUUCACGAAUGGGUGGGCCAGUUCAGAUCAGAAACUGUCAAUUUUAAAAUGACAUCCGUAUGCGGGCACGUCAUGACGUUGGAUUUCAUUGGAAAGUACAACAAUUGGGACAAAGUAGAUCCGGCAGAGUUGUUCUCAUGUCCAACCGAGAAGAAGGAAGCUGUGCCAAAACUCAGAAUACCAUAUUUUCUGGGCAAAGAAGGCUCUCAUUGUGAUUACUUAAUAUUGUGGCUGGAUUGUGACAAAGAGGGCGAGAAUAUUUGCUUUGAAGUUGUCAAUGCUGUACAGCAAGGAAUGCACAGAAAGUUGCAUAUAAAUGAUAUAUGGCGAGCACGAUUCUCAGCUAUCACGGAGAAGGAUAUAAAAGCUGCUAUGGCAAAUUUAAUAAAACCCAAUGAAAAUGAAGCUAAAAGUGUAGACGCACGUCAAGAAUUAGAUCUGCGAAUAGGUUGUGCAUUCACUCGCUAUCAAACCAAAUUCUUCCAAGGCAAAUACGGAGAUUUAGAUGUAUCGCUUAUUUCUUACGGUCCCUGCCAAACGCCGACAUUAGGAUUCUGUGUUCAGAGGCACGAUGAAAUUCAAACCUUCAAACCGGAUCCGUACUGGGUGUUACAGGUAACCAUUAAGUCUAGCGAUGGUCAAGACAUUAUACUGAGCUGGAGCCGUGUGCGUUCCUUCGACAAAGAAGUCGCAACCAUGUUCUUGAGUCAUGUAAAAGAGCACGAUCAAGCAACGGUAGUGAGUAUACAGAGUACAGAGAAAUCAAAAUCGCGACCUAUAGCUUUGAACACAGUGGAACUGAUGCGAGUCGCGAGUUCUGGAUUGGGAAUGGGUCCGCAGCACGCGAUGCAGGUCGCGGAAAGACUUUACACUCAAGGAUACAUAAGUUAUCCUCGAACGGAAACUACAUCGUAUCCCGACAACUUCGACCUGUUAUCAACGCUGAAACAGCAACAAAACAGUCCGGAUUGGGGCGAGGAGGUUCGCAAGAUAUUAGCGUCCGGUAUCAACAGGCCGAAGAAAGGUCAUGACGCAGGCGACCAUCCUCCUAUAACACCCAUGAAACACGCGACAAGAGGCGAACUGGACGGCGACGCGUGGCGAUUGUACGAUUACAUAACGCGACAUUUUAUCGCCACGUUGGCGCGAGAUUGUAAAUAUCUGAGCACCACGGUGAAAUUCGAGAUAGGCAUAGAGAUAUUCACAACCACCGGUCACAGCCUGCUCGAUCCCGGAUACACGAAUAUUCUCACUUGGCAAGCGCUCGGCAACAGCGACACGCUGCCCAAGUUCACGACCGACGAGAAAGUGAACAUACAAGAGGCGAAGCUGGUCGAAUGUUACACGCAACCGCCGGAUUAUCUGACUGAAGCGGAAUUGAUCUCGCUCAUGGAGAAACACGGCAUCGGAACGGACGCUUCGAUUCCCGUGCACAUAAACAACAUCUGCGUGAGAAAUUACGUCACCGUUGCGGCAGGCAGAAAGUUGGUGCCCACGUCUCUCGGCAUCGUUUUGGUCCAUGGAUAUCAAAAGAUAGAUCCUGAAUUAGUUUUGCCAACAAUGAGAUCCGCGGUGGAGGAGCAAUUGAAUCUGAUAGCGUUAGGUCGCGCCGACUUUCACGCUGUAUUGCAACACACCGUGGAGAUCUUCAAGCAGAAGUUUCAUUAUUUCGUGCAGAGCAUAGAAGCCAUGGAUCAGUUGUUCGAAGUCUCGUUCUCGCCGUUGUCGGCAUCCGGUAAAGCGCAUUCCAGAUGUGGCAAGUGCCGUCGAUACAUGAAAUACAUACAGACGAAACCGUCUAGAAUGCAUUGCGCGCACUGCAACGAGACUUACAACUUGCCACAAAAUGGAAACAUACGAAUAUACAAGGAAUUGAAGUGUCCGCUGGACGACUUCGAAUUGCUCUCGUGGUCGACCGGGACACGGGGAAAGAGCUACACAUUUUGUCCGUACUGUUACAACAAUCCGCCGUUCAGAGACAUGAAGAAAGGAAUGAGCGGUUGUAAUUCGUGCACGCAUCCGACGUGUCCGCACGGCAUGAACUCGAACGGUUUGUCCAGUUGUUUGGAAUGCGACCUCGGCAUUCUCGUGCUUGACCCUUCGGCCGCUCCUAAAUGGAAACUGGGAUGCAAUCGUUGCGACGUUAUCAUCCAUCUCUUUGAGAACGCGCACAAAGUAACAGUCGACACGGACACUUGCGACUGCGGGGCGCAAUUAGUGAGCGUCGAAUACAAACAGGACAAAAGUAAACUCCCGAACGAGGCGACGGAAAUGUCCGGUUGCGUGUUCUGCACUCCAGCCUUCGUCCCGCUGGUGGAAAAGCAUCGUGCGGUGGCUUCGAAACCGGUCGUCACGCGUAGUCGCGGUCACACAAAGAGUCGCAAUCGGGGCAAACCCAAACCGCCGAAAGACAAAAUGGCUCAACUGGCGGCGUAUUUCGUAUAAAUGAUGCGUCAAGCGUAAACGCAACAGCAGCUGGCACACAUGCGAUGUGAUUAUGUGUGUUCGCGAGCAUCUCUGUCAAUUUUUUUUCUGAAUAAAUCCUGUCACUCUUUU